GUGGGAAAAGUGCAAAAGUAAUGCCUACUGGGUUGGUUCGUGACAACGGGAAAAUAAAGAAGAAGAAGGCCUUUUAGAAGAAGUAACCACGCGAACAUGUCUUAUUCAUCCGAGAGAAGAAAUGAAGAGGGUAAGAAUGGACCCCCGGCUGAACGAGAGCGGGAGUACGAUGGGCCAGCUGGAAUGGACCCGGACGGUGUCAUCGACAGCAACUGGAACGAGGUGAUUGAUCAUUUUGACGACAUGAACCUCAAGGAGGAGCUCCUCCGUGGAAUCUAUGCCUAUGGUUUUGAGAAGCCCUCAGCUAUCCAGCAGCGGGCUAUCAUGCCCUGCGUCAAGGGGUUCGAUGUGAUUGCCCAGGCGCAAUCGGGAACCGGCAAGACUGCCACAUUCUCCAUUGCGAUCCUCCAGCAGAUCGACACGAGCAUCCGGCAGUGCCAGGCUCUCAUCCUGGCACCAACACGUGAGCUUGCCAUGCAAAUCCAGAAGGUAAUCAUUGCAUUGGGUGACUACAUGAAGGCCCAAUGCCAUGCCUGCAUUGGCGGCACCAACGUCAAGGAGGACGUGCGCAAGCUGGAGCUGGGCUCGCACGUGAUCGUGGGCACUCCUGGGCGUGUGUUCGACAUGAUCAACCGCAAUGUGUUGCGCACCAACUCGAUCAAGCUCUUCGUCCUCGAUGAAGCUGACGAGAUGCUGUCACGUGGUUUCAAGGAUCAGAUUCACGAUGUUUUCCGUAUGCUGCCGCCCGAUGUGCAGGUUAUCCUGCUGUCGGCUACAAUGCCGGCUGAUGUGCUGGAGGUCAGCAAGUACUUCAUGCGCGACCCCGUGAGGAUUUUGGUGAAGAAGGAGGAACUCACGCUUGAGGGUAUCAAGCAGUUCUUUGUGUAUGUUGAGAAGGAGAAUUGGAAGAUCGGGACACUCUGUGACCUCUACGGCACUCUCUCAAUCACCCAGUCCGUGAUUUUCUGCAAUACUCGUCGCAAGGUGGAUUAUUUGACGGAGCAGAUGACUCAGAAGGAGUUUACGGUGUCUGCAAUGCACGGAGAUAUGGACCAGCGUGAACGGGAUGUUAUUAUGAAGCAAUUCCGUACGGGCUCAUCGCGUGUGUUGAUCACUACGGAUCUCCUGGCUCGUGGUAUUGAUGUGCAGCAGGUAUCCCUCGUCAUCAACUAUGAUUUGCCUACAAACCGCGACAACUACAUCCAUCGAAUUGGUCGUGGUGGACGUUUCGGCCGAAAAGGUGUUGCUAUCAAUUUCGUCACGGAGGAGGAUAAGAGAACCCUCAGAGACAUUGAACAAUUCUACAAUACAAAGAUCGAGGAGAUGCCCGUUAAUGUGGCUGAUUUGAUGUAAAAGAGGGGUUGUCGUUUGAAGAAAUUUUAAAGUAAAAAGAAAAAAAUUUUAAACACCAACAUAUUGCGCGAAUAAACCCGGGAAAAUGGUGUAAAUAUUUAAUGAAAAAAAAAAGAAAUGCAGAUUAAAUUACACAGAAAAAGGACAAGAGUGAGAAAGGCCGCUGAAGGUGAAUUCCUUAAAAAAAGAUGAUGAAAAAAACAUAUUUUAAUAGACUCUUUUUCUUGCUAAAAAAAACUAAAUAAAUGCGCAACUGGUUGUUGGUCAUUUAGAGACAGACACACAGAAUUAUAAAAAAAAUAAAAAGAAUAUUAAGUAAAAAAAUAAAUUUGAAAGAUGGAUUUUAAAUGGUUGGAAAAAAUAUAAAAAACUCACACAAAUUCUACAAAAAAAAACAUUCUAAUUAAAUGUAAUGAUGAAAGAGAAUUGAAAAAUAAAUUUAAAUAAAAAAAAAGAUUCAAAAAAAUCAAUUAAACCCAAAAUGAAUAAAAAAAAAAUAUAAAAAAUAUUAUAAAUUGAAAAAUGUAAAUUUGAUUUCUAUUUAAUUGCAUUACUUAUACGUUUUAUUUUUCUUAUAUUUUUUCCUAAAUAAAAUAUGAAAUAAACUAGCAUUUUUGUGUACCGUGAAAUAAAUAAAUAAAUAAAAAAUGAUUAUAAAAGAAUGAAAAAGUAUCUAAUAAAAAAUAAUGGAAUUUACUAUUUAGGCUCAACAA